CAUCUCCUUUUUUGGGUGUUUUUAAAUGACGAAAAGAAUUCACCCUCACAGCAGCUUUGAAAUAAAUGGGUUCCUCAAACAAUUUUCCAACUCCAACAAUCACCCAAGUGAAGAAGAAAGGCAAGCCAUGCUUUAGUUCUGGUUUUGGAAGGUAAAAAUUUCCGAGGAACUUUGUUCUUUGCAGACAGAUUUUUUAUGCCCUCCCACCUGCUUUUCGAAAUCCACCAACCACAAAAUUUACUCCAUCCACUUUUUUCUCUCUCCCUUCCACACUCCCUCUCUCUUUUUAGCAGCAACAUACAAGCCGGCCAUAUUAGAGAGAUGGAAAUAAAGCUUCCUUAAUGUUGUAUGUGUCUUUGAAGUACAUCCGUGCAUUUUUCUUUUAGCAUCUAACCAUUCCUCCCCUGUAGCCCUCGGCCCCUCAAAUCACCCUCUCCCCUAUCCCACCCGACUAACAUCUCAGUCUCUGAAAAUGCACAAAGAUGCCUGGCUACCUCGCCCUGCCUUCAGUCUCACGGGGCUCAGUCUCUUUUUCUCUUUGGUGCCACCAGGGAGGAGCAUGGAAGUCACAGUACCUGCCACCCUCAACGUCCUCAAUGGCUCUGAUGCCCGCCUGUCCUGUACCUUCAACUCCUGCUACACCGUGAACCACAAACAGUUCUCCCUGAACUGGACUUACCAGGAGUGUAGUAACUGCUCCGAGGAGAUGUUUCUCCAGUUCCGCAUGAAGAUCAUUAACCUGAAGCUGGAGCGGUUCCGAGACCGCGUGGAGUUCUCAGGGAACCCCAGCAAGUAUGACGUGUCAGUCACACUGAGAAACGUGCAGCUGGAGGAUGAGGGCACCUACAACUGCUACAUCAUGAACCCACCCGACCGCCACCGUGGCCACGGCAAGAUCUAUCUGCAAGUCCUCAUGGAAGAGCCCCCUGAGCGGGAUUCCACUGUGGCUGUGAUCGUGGGCGCCUCCGUAGGGGGCUUUCUGGCUGUGGUCAUCUUGGUGCUGAUGGUAGUAAAGUGUGUGAGGAGGAAAAAAGAGCAGAAACUGAGCACGGAUGACCUGAAGACGGAGGAGGAGGGCAAGACGGAUGGAGAGGGCAACGCGGACGAUGGCACCAAGUAACGGGCGGGCGGCCGGCCCUGCAGCCCCUCCCUUGCGUCCUGUCUCCCUCCCACUCUCCGCCCCGCACAGUGUGCCCCCGCCUGCCCUCUCUUGGUGUGCUUCUCUCGAUCCAGGAUCCCAGGGCUGACCUGGGGCCUCCUGAACCCCUCCCUUCGUAUCCGCCACCCUGCACCAAGAGAGACUCACCUCUCUUUGAUUCGAGAAACCUGCCCUGGCGUCUGGGAUGUGUGGGCCCUGGG